AGACGAGACGAGAGAGCCUUUCCUUCGUCUUCUCGCCCACUUCCGAGAAUGACGAUUACAGUCCAAAACCAUACUACUACUAGUCCUACUAGCAGUAGCCUGGGCAACAAUAAUGCAGAGACGAAGCUGGUUGUCAUCUACGCCCCGCCGGGGAUGGCAGGCCACUUGUUCCCCACCGUGGAGUUUGGCAAGCUACUAGUGGCGCAGGGCCUGGAGGUCACCGUCGUCCUCAGCGCCGUCGGGGACGCCGACGGCCUCACAAACAUCAGGGCGGCCAACCCGUCGCUGUCCUUCCACUGCCUCCCAUCGCCCGUGCUUCCACCCGCCAACGCCGAUAGUUUCGAGGCCAAGGUUUUCGGGCUCGCGCGCGCCUCCCUCCCGGACCUUCGUGACUUCCUCCGCUCCGCCUCUCCGGCUGCUCUCGUCAUCGACUUCUUCUGCGCCAGUGCCCUCGAGGUGGGCGCGGAACUCGGCAUCCCGACCUACUUCUUCCUCACCACUUGCAUCUCCGUCGUCGCCUUUGGUCUCUGCCAGCCAGUCAUGGAUGAGCACACCACUCUGAGCUUCCGAGACCUCGGCGGCGACCUUGUGCACGCCCCAGGGCUGCCACCCAUACCGGCAGAUCACCUCCCGGCCUUCACUCUCGAUCGCAACAGCGUGAGCACCAAGUUGUUCAGGGACGUGCCCCACCAGCUCUGCAACUCACAGGGCAUUAUUGUCAACAGCUGCCGCUCCUUGGAGCCGCGUGCCGCCGACGCCAUCGUCUCCGGCCUCUGCACCCCCGGACGGCCAACACCGCGCUUGUACUGCAUAGGGCCGCUGGUAAAGCCCGACGAGGUUGGGGUUGGGACAGAGCGCCACGCCCACGAGUGCCUUUCAUGGCUCGAUGCCCAGCCCAAGGCCAGUGUGGUAUUUCUCUGUUUUGGCAGCUCCGGACGGUUCAGCGCGGAGCAGGUCAAGCAGACGGCGGCUGGGCUGGAGACGAGCGGGCAACGGUUCUUGUGGGUUGUCCGGCGCCUUGCAACAGGCGUCGAGCACAACCAGUCGGCCGUCGACGAGCUCGACCUGGACACGCUCUUUCCCACGGGUUUCCUGCACCGGACCAAGGAGAGGGGACUGGUCGUCAUGUCGUGGGCACCGCAGCGGGAGGUACUGGCCCAUGGCGCGGUCGGCGGGUUCGUGACACACUGCGGAUGGAACUCGGUGCUGGAGGCGGUCAUGGCGGGCGUGCCGAUGCUGGCGUGGCCUCUGUACGCGGAGCAACGCAUGAACAAGGUGUUCCUGGUGGACGGGAUGCAGCUGGCCGUGGCCAUGGAAGGGUACGACAAACCGAUGGUGGAAGCUCAGGAGGUGGCCGCCAAGGUCAGGUGGCUGAUUGAGUCCGACGGCGGGCGGGAGCUCCGGCAGCGAACGCACGCGGCCAUGCGGGUUGCCAAGGAGGCGCUGGGCAACGCUGGCGAGUCGACAAGAGCGUUGGUGCAGCUUGCGAGAAAGUGGAAGAACGCCGACCAGGACGGAACUUGUGGCAUCAUCGACUGAAAAUGUCGACGGCUUGCCCGGUUCGAGACAACCCGUCGUGGCCUCCACCUCCGCCUCCUUCGUCUCCAUGGUUGGUUGUUUGGUUAGUCACUUGAUUUUGUUUGCAUGCAUGCAUCCAAGUCGGACCGCACGCUGCUUUGCUUUUUACGUUUGGUUAAUCACUUGAUUUUGUUUGCUACUUAUACAAAAUAAUUAAACGAAUAAAAGGAUUGUAUGCAUGUUUGCUGAUACUUGCGUUCGCGAACGUGAAGAUUCCAGGAUGCAUGCAUGUAAAGUGUUAAGUGUUGUCUUUCUUUUUUACAGUUUGUAAAGUGGAGUAUGUUAAAUAUGGGGGAUGAUGCCCUUGCUCGCUUGCUCGUUCA